AUGGGAGGUACUGCCUCCACUUCAAGCGUUACAGUGAAUUUCAUGAUGACUAUUAUAAAUGUCAAAGAUAAAAAAGCGGAGGGGAGGGCUUUGGGGAGCGGGGUCAGUUCACAAAUUUAUCUAUGUUGGGGAAAUCUGGAAGCAAUCCGUGCUUCCCUCAUAUUUCCAAUGCUUACUCAGUCUUGUUGGUUUUAUGCAGAUGUCUGUCGGAAGUUACAAAUGCAGAAAUGGCAACAGGCUAAACUGAUAUUUAAGGCUAAUUUUUUAACUUCAAAAAAGGAAAAAUUUUAUCCAGAAAAGUCGUAUAAUUUUUGGAAAUCCCGUUCCCUGGAGUUCCGCUUCCAUCAGAGAUUAUUGUCAAAAUUCUCAGCAAUCAUUUACUGUAAUGUUAAAUUAAACAUUAUUUCAAGUGCUAAUAAAACUUUGCUAGAAAGUUUACUAGAUAAAUGCAAUAAAUGA